GGUUCAAGUUAUAAAGUAACAGGGAGAUAUACUUUGCAGUGUCUAGGCUAGCUGCCCUUAGUUAUUACAAUUAGAUCUACCCUUUAUCCAACAUAAAACUGGAACAUUUUGGAAAAGAGGAACCCCUAAAAGCUUAGCUAUAUACAACCUAUCGGUCAGCACAAAUAAUUUAUUAACUGCAAAAUGAUAUAUAAUUUACUAGUCAUCACCCAAAGAUUAGGAACCAGCAACAUACAUUCUGGGUGUUUAAUACCUGUAUGUGUAUUCUUCUGUUUCCCCAUAGUUGAUCGGAUGAUCUGGUUCCUCAAGCCUCUGUCCCAACUGACUUAUCCUGCCCCUUGCCAUCAACCCACUUCAAAGUCCCUGACCAUCCCUGCCCACUUGUCUCACCUGCCCGUCCCACAGACCCUUCGCCCCAGCACUGUCCCUUCUGUGUCCCUCACUAUCGCUGGUCAGUACAUCGUGGACGACACUGACUUUGUUGAAGUAGAUCUCGUGGAUGAGGAGAUCAUCCAGCCAACCCACUCCUUCCUGAAGGCCUUGCUAUCUAGGGUGGCCAACUUCUUCAGAAGAGUCAAGAGUGUGUUUAAGAAGAAGGAUGAUUAGGCAGUGAACUCUGAACACAUAUGUAUAUACUUAUAUACAAA